GGCGGAAAACCACGGUUGAGUCCAGAGACACAGUCUCUGGUUGCAUUCAAUCCAACAUCGGUACUGCGGGUAGAGGAAGCUUGUAAAUUUGAGCUCUCGCUUCUAGGUCGUGAGGCUCGAUUCUUUCUGUUCAGUUGUACUCCUUCGAUCCAACAGUCGUACAGUCAGCUGACCGGCGUUGAGGUUGUAGUUGCGGAAGUUUUGGAUUUGCAGAUUGCAGCAUCUUAUUCUUGUGCAAUAUUAACCGUUUUUGUUUGUCUUCUACUAUUAAAUAAUGCACCCUAAUGAUAAAAAUAAUCGCUACCUGCCGACUGGUAAUCAAUGCACUCCCCAAACAUAUGGGAACCGUCGUCGUUUUUUCUCUCAUUCAUCAAGACUGCUAACGCGUAAUCGUGGAUAUUCACAUUGUGAAGCAAAUGGUUUCGACAAUGAGUUAGAGCAUUGUAAUAAUCAUGGAAUGUACUUUCGUCGAGGUCGCCUUUACCAGAGAAAUAAUCGAUGGAUAACUAACCGCGGUGCUUCUAGCUCGUUCACGAGAGACUCUAAUCACCGAAGACCAACAUAUAGUGAUAAUCAAACUGUUGUUGGUUCGAAACCGAAUCUUCAAUCUACAACCAACUCCGUGGGACCUAGUUGUUCAGUUCAAGAUAGUUAUUCGGAAAGUGUUAUCUCGAGUCGUGCCUUACAAAGCUCAAUCGUCACUUUGAGAUCUCCCAAAUCUGAGUGUCAGGAUGACUUACGAAGUAACCUUAUCGAUGGUCUGCGAAAUAACACAUAUCAGUGCAUGAUAUGCAUUUCUAAGAUUCGCUCAACUGAUCCUAUUUGGUCAUGCACUACUUGUUAUCAUAUUUAUCACUUAUUGUGUAUUAAGUCAUGGGCGAAAAAGUCAUCUCAGAAAGAUAAUAUUGAGGCGACUGUAACUCAUGAAUGGCGUUGCCCAUCUUGUCAAGCAAAUUAUGAUGUACCAUCGGAACUAAUUUCCUACCAAUGCUUUUGUGGACGCACUCGAAAUCCUGAAUUCCAUCCAGCUCGUGUGACAAUACCACAUAGUUGUGAUCAACUUUGCGGCAAGGUUAAACGCAUACCUUCUACAUCUGUGUUAACUAACGCUUUAGUAGACGGUUAUCAGUGUACCCAUUUAUGCACCGAAAUUUGUCAUCCUGGUCCAUGUCCUCCAUGCUUGGCUGCCGUCACUUUGAAAUGCCCAUGUGGAAAAGUUCAACGUUCUGGUACUUGUGGUGAUCCUCAUCUUCAGCCUUGUGGUCAGAUAUGUGGGCGUCAGCUUUCAUCACCUCUUUGUGCUGUUGGUUUUCAUAUGUGUCUAUCACUUUGUCAUUAUGGACCUUGUCCUCCGUGUCGCUGGCUAAUCCAAACAGCUUGCUUUUGUGGUCGAAUGGAUAAAAAGUUAACUUGUGGCAACAAUAAUGAUAUAAAAAAAUGUAUAUUUUCAUCUGAAGAUUUAGAAAUUUUACGUACAGCUGUUAUAGAGUUACAGAAUACAAUCAAGUCUAUUGAUUAUACUAAUAAUAUAGAUAACCUACAUAAUAUGUCACUUGAAGAUGAUUCAUUACGUGCUGAAAAUAAUUUUGAUAACAGAUUAACUUUAUAUUUAUCGUCAAUUGAUAGUAAUAAUACUUCUCAUAGUAAUGUGAAUACAAUGAUCAAAUUUAAUGAUGAACAAAUUAUUUCAUUUGAUAUAUUAUUUAUAAAAAUUGGUCCAACAUUUUCAUGUGAUCAACUUUGUGAUCGUCUUUUAAACUGUACUCAUCAUAAUUGUUCAAAUUAUUGUCAUUCUGAAAAGUGUCCACCGUGUCUAUUAGAUCCAAAAUGGUGUUUAAAUUGUCCUUGUGGGAAAACGCCUCUUUCAAAAUUGGUACCUUCUGGUUCUUUAAAUGGAGAUAGAAAAUCAUGUAUUGACCCUAUACCUACGUGUCCUAAUUUAUGUGGACGUCCAAGAUCAUUAUGUGGUCAUCCUUGCUCAGAAUAUUGUCAUACUGGUUCUUGUCCACCUUGUAAAUUGUCUAUUCACUUAAAAUGUCGCUGUGGAUAUAGCUCAAAAAUGGUAACAUGUCAUGAGUUCUCUGAAUUAAGUGAGAAAGAAGGUGGUGCAGCAGAACUCUGUUGUGAACGUAUCUGCAAAAAGAGACUAGUUUGCGGUCGGCAUAAAUGCCAAACAAAGUGUUGUAAUGUAAGUAAUUUUCAAGUUUUGUUCUUCAUGAAUGAGAUACAUAUAUAA